GCGAUCGAGGAUGGCAGGCGGCGCGCUGGCGGCCCCGCUGAGGCCAGCGCCGACGUGCCCGACCCGUGGGCGGGCGACGGCGACGACGUGCGCGAGAGCGGGCACAGGGUCGCCAAGGAGCACUGGGAGGCGCUUGACAGCCUCGUGGCAGGCGGCGCGGGCGAGCCCCUGUCGCGGCUCCACGAGGAGGCGGACGCCUUCCUGGCCGGCGGUGCCCUGCCGGUCCCGGCGCCGCUGGACCUGCCCGGGGAUGCCGACCGCCUCCUGGGCAGCUCGGGGCCGCCCGCGAGCGGCAGCAACGCACCCCGCGGCGCCCGCGGCGGCGGCCACGGGCCCGCCGCGGCCGGGGUCGACACCUCGGCGGUCGGCCAGGGCGAGGGCGACGAGGGGCCGCGGCGCGUGCGGGCGCACGCGCCGUACUACUCGGGCGACCGCGCGAUGCUGAACAAGGUGGCGAGGGUGCCCCUGUCCAGCGUCGACGAGCUGGUGGGCGCGCUGAUCCCUGGGGCCGACGUCACCACCGAUGGGUUGCUUUUGCAGCUGACGACGACGAGGAGCUGGUGGCGUUCGCCUACGCCCUGGAGCAGAUCGCCGACGCGGCCAGCAAGAGGCUGA